GAAAAAUCUACUGAUCCAAAUAAAGCCUUACCUCCUAAACAUGUCGAUGAGUUAAUAGAAACGUUAUCUGAUAGUUCAAUGUACGGCCAGAAUCACAAUGUUGGAAAAACCUCUGACAUGUCGAUGUCUUACGCUUCUAACAAAUCUCAACAAGCUCACGACAGAUCUUUUGUCGAUGGCAAAAACAAUUAUAAUUAUAAAGUUUCAUCAUCUACAACUCAAAGUGCUGGCGGUCAAGCCGGUUCAGGCAUGGCUGGUAACCGAAGUCAUAACAUCGUGGGAUCUCCAGUCUAUUAUCCACCUAACUAUGAAAUAAAUUCACGCAGAGAUCAAGCAAAUCUUGGAACUGGUGCUAAUUAUUCCAACGCUGGAAUGCAGGAAAACUGGGAAUCAAGUAACCGUCAUAAGCAGGGUCAUGGUAAGUCUAAGUCAAGAUCAAAAGAUGAUCCGAAGAAAGUUGCAGUGCCCAUUUGCCUGCCACUGUGUUGCGGAUUGCCUUGUACUAUCAUGUAAAGUUUCAAUUAUAUUACAAAGAUUGACGCAUUAUAAAAUGUAUAUAAAUGCAGUAUGCGAAUUUAAUAACAACAAAUUAAUACCAUCCAUUCAUUUAUUUUUACAUUUCACUAUAUUUCUACGAGAUAUAGCAUUCAAGCAUAACAUUUUUAACGUUUAUCAUAAUCCGUCCAUUCAGUGUUCGAAUUUAAAUUUUAUUUUGAAAACUGAUAAAUCAUAUAGAAUUUUCAACUAUAAAAUUAUAAGUUUCAGUUAAUUGCACCACCAUUGGGAUUUUUCUAUAUGAAGUUCUACUUAAAAUGCAUAUUUUUAUAUUAAUAAUAUAUAAUAUUAAAAAAAAAUGUAAUAGUGGUUUAAGCUUACGAAAUGACCACAUUAAAAUCAUAUAGCCAAAGCGUUGCUUAAUAAAAUAUAUAGUUUUUAUUAUCGUAGUCACAUUAAUAUAAU